CAUAAACUUAUCAUCUUAUCCACACAAUCUUCCCACGCGCACAGACUGACACACCUUCACUUCUCCCUCUUUCUUCUUGCAAUUUCCAUUUCCCCCUUCACCGAAAAAGAGGAUCAAAAUUCUCUGACCAACCAAGCACUCCCUAAACUCAUCCCCAAUGUCGAUAUCCGGAUUAACGAAUACUUUCUCAAACCCUAACCCUAAAAUCCUGAAUUCCCCCAAUAUCUCAAAUUUAAAUGGAAACUGCAGGUUCAAACUUAGGGUUUGUGCGAAAGUUACAACUCCUGAACCAAAUGCUAAAGUGUACGGUCAAUUCUCUGCUCCAGUGAAGCCUAGUGGUAGUAGUAGUAGCUCAACGACGUCGUCUUCUUCCCCGAAGAAGAAGAAAGAGGAUGAACAGAAACAAGAUUAUUAUAUCAAUAUGGGUUACGCUAUUCGCUGCUUGCGUGAGGAAUUUCCUGAAUUGUUUUCCAGAGAGCCCAAUUUCGAUAUUUACAGGGAUGAUAUUGUGUUCAAAGAUCCCUUAAAUACCUUUGCUGGCAUUGAGAACUACAAAUCGUUAUUCUGGGCAUUGCGAUUCCAUGGAAGGAUAUUUUUCAAAGCUUUAUGGGUUGAAAUUCUAAGUGUGUGGCAACCUUCAGAGAAUGUCAUCUUGGUUCGUUGGACUGUCCAUGGAAUCCCACGAGUCCCAUGGGAGAGCCGUGGUCGUUUUGACGGCCUUUCAGAGUACAAACUUGAUAGAAAUGGGAAGAUUUAUCAGCAUAAAGUCGACAACAUUGCUCUCAAUUCUCCUCGCAAGUUCCAGGUACUCUCUGUCCAGGAGUUAAUCUUGUCACUCGGUUACCCUACAACUCCAAAGCCUACCUGCUUUGAGCUCACUUCUUCCACAAAACUCCACCCAUUUGCCGGAGAAACGGAAUUUUUAAGUCAUUACUUGAAUUAUGUCCUGGAUUUUUCACAUAUACACGAGGCAGAAACUUGUCAGAAAUAAUGAUAGCCUUAUGGUGAUAAGUUUUGCUAGUUUUUGAAUGCCUAGAGCUUGGUCAUCCUUAGCGUUGGAGAGCUAUAUAGUUUCCUUUAUGCUUCUCGAACGAUAAAGUAAUACACCUGUAUGUUAUUAUACUAAUAGUCAUUUCAGAAUGCUGGAGCUUGAUUAAGUGUAGUAUGAACAAAACCUCACCACCUGCUCAUAUGUAAUUAAGCAUGAUAUAAUAGUCUUGUGAACAUUGUAGAUUUUGUAUAUAUCUAAACAUAAAGUUGAGAUAUCAGUUUCUUCUUGCUGCA